UUCACUUGAUACAAAUCGUCAAAACCAUCUCCAUCGUUCCCGCCAGAUGACCGGUAUUUGUAUUAUGUUUCACGAGAUCGCUUCCUCUCGGUUAUAUUUAAGUACGAUAAUUUGUUCAACCAGUGUUGUGUUUUCGUAACGUUCUGAUCAUCGCGAAAAAAUGUCCGAGGAAAAAGGAAUCACAGAGGAUAUGUGGACUCCCUACAAGGAGUUACAAAGUCUUGUAGGGAGAUACAUCACCUCGCCGCCAACUACAUACGAUCUCCAGUAUCACGAAUUCACAGAAGCUUUGCGCAAUCACAGACAAAACUUUCUUACUCUGUUAAAAAAUCCUCCUCCGAACGUGAAUAGCAGAGAGGAAAUCUCGAAGGGAGCCACGGAUGGUAUAACGCUUCCUGGCUUAGGACCCCAGAUGUUGUCAAAGGAGCUAGUCGAUGAAACUCUUAUUAUAUCAGACAUGUAUGAACUAAACGAGUUCAUGGCAUUGGACCUUCUUUGCACUGCCCAGUUGCAAAUGCCUUAUCAUCCUGGUUUACCAAGAGGACUGACAGCUAUUUUAUUAUACUACGACGGGAAGAAGGCGCUUACGUCGACUUUAAGAAUGCUUGUACAAGUGAGAAUGGGUCAUAGCUGGAAAGUAAAUGCGCCGAUCGGACUUCUAAGACACAUCACGGAGUAUACGAAUAAAUUGCAAGAGGAUGGUUUGUUAGAUAGAAUUUUAUCACUGUUGGAAAAGAUGGAUCCUGUGAAGGAGCAGGAGCUAUUGGAAAAGAAUCGCGCGCUAGGUGGACCGAAACAUCGAUACAUGGUCACGAAGCUUUACAACGAUGCCAGACAGGAUUUAGCAGAUAUUUUGUACUUAUGGUCCGCGCAGUCUUCCUUGCCAAACCCAAUUCUAUUCCGCGUGAUAUCCUUGUUACAAACGAAACAAAUCGGACCAGACGCUGCAGAAAACGGCCCAGAUAAAGUAACGCUCGCUCUGAUAAUGAGCGUGUUGAGUGCAAUCAAUUUCAGUUCGUUGCACAGUCACGAGAACGCCGAAGAGUUAAUCAGUACUAUGCCACUGAUCGCGGAGAGAGCGCACGAGGAAUUGUAUCAAAAACUGAUAUCGAAGAACGUCGAGUGGGAAAGUACCGGGUUACGGGGUGUUAUACAAUUCGCCUUCGUGGUUGCUUUGACCACGGUGAAAAACGAAGCCAGCAUACAGUCGUUGAACAUUACUAACGAAGAUGAGAGUCUACUGGAAGCAGCUUUAUCGAACAAGUGCUUUCACUUUAUGGCCGAGGUACUGUUCAAGAACAAGAGUAUAUGCAACGAAGAAUUCUAUUUCCGCUAUUUCCAUUCGCUUAUUUCGGAUUUUAUACUGCUGAUGCCAUUGAAAGUUAAAGAGCUGCGAAGCCGCGCGGACGGACCUAUGCGUUUGAUCCAGGCAUACCAGCAAGGGGGCAUCGAGCCACCCUUGAAUCUAGAUAAUCAUUUCGAGUAUCUGAUGUUAACCGUGGCAGAAUUAUACAAGGAAGAUCCUCUGAAGCUGGAAUUGGUCAUGGAUUACUGGUGUCUUCGUACCGAUGCGACGCAUCCACCAGCUCCUGCGUACAUAAAUCACUUGCCAUCGAGGCAAGUUGCUCUCUUUAAAUUCGUACGUCUCGCUGGUGAAAUAUUGCCGGCAGGAUUGUUCGUGUCGUACCUGAAAAUGAUCGCGUCUCUCGCGUCUUCUCCGCAAGCCGCGCAACAAGCAUUUAAUUUUCUUAAACCGAACGGAUCUUCCGGGUCAACGACAAUUUCCUGGGAUCACUUUUUCAAGUCCUUGAGUCAGUACUACGACAAUCUGCGGAAGGAAUUACCGCCCAGUCAAGACACCGUUUACCGUCAGAGAAGUCACCCGAAAGGUAUCACGCCCGAGGAAGUUAAAGGCCUCGAAGCGGUGCUGCUGGUCGUGCAAGUGAUCGCGAAGAACGACGAAGUAUCCAGGAUAAACAUUUGCAAUAAUCCAGGAUGGAAAGUGUUACCGUCUCUGAUCGGUUUGGUCAGCUGUGGCAUAUCGAUACCAUUGAAAAGCGUAUUAAUACGAACACUCGCGGCACUAGCGAGAUCACCAGAGAGUUCUUCCACGGUGUGGCAAAAUUUAGAGGCCGCGCAGAUACUCUCGACCAUACCGACUAUCAGUAGCUAUCAGCCGAGAGGUGUCCAAACGGAACUUGAAGAGAUCGAGUCGAAGAAAGAUGAGUAUCCGUUAACGCGAGCGAUGUUGGAACUCUUAGACGUGCUCACCGAUUUCCCUGUGUUACGACUGUUAGGAAUGGGACAACGUAAUCCUGGCUUCGACCCAUAUCUGCAUUUUAUAAUCAACACCGUGUUUUUAAAAUUUCAUACACGAUCGUACAAGAAUCCGGGAGAAAAGUGGGAAGUCGCUGAAGCUUGUUUAAAGAUAUUCUCGAAGCUGAUUAAACAGUACGAACCGAUUGUGGAAGAUUUCACCGGGUGCAAGGUGGAACUCCAAAGCGGAGAAGUUACGUUAGUUAACUCUGCUCCUGGUUAUCACAUAAUGACGCGGCUGCACUCAAAAUCUGAAUUACUCCACGUUAUACUCUACGUCCUCGACAAAGGCUGUGACGCUUUCGACGCCUACGAAUCUUUCCCUGGUAAGGAGAGUCUCGAGAAUGGUACCUUGUACUGCCUGGAAAUACUGGAGAGAGGAUUAAAAACGCAGCACAGCUACAUGGCUCAUCUGGCCGCUGCGAAAUCGAUCCAUAAAAUCAUGACCGGAUUAUCGAGACUGCUUCUGGAAGUGGAUCCGCAAUCGAAGAAGCCUGUUUACAUGAUAAAUGUUGCUAAAUACGUAUCGUACAGUUCUUGGCUUCCGCAACACGCGUUCCACGCUGUCGGCGUGAUCCACGAAGUGACCAACGAACCGGGAGCCGAUUCCGAAUUGCUCUCCACAUUCACGGCUACUCCUGCAUUGACUACGAGCAUCAGGCAUGGUUUCGUCGAGUGUUUGGACGCCGAUAUAAUUUACGACGAAGAGACCGAGAACGAGAAGCAGUACACCGGUAGUUGCAAGGAACGAAUAUUGCUCCUGAUGAUGCAGAGCAUCACGCGACCAACGCCGAACCUUUCGCACUACUUGCUAGGAUUCACGAUAACGAAGGAUAUUAAGAAGACUAUUCUGUUACAGCCUGGCAUUGUAGGCUUCCCGCGGACAUGUCUCCAUUCGUUACUGGGAAUACUAGAACAGUCUCUCGAACGAGGUCGUGACAAAAUUACAGAGGCCUCCUACUGUUUUCUUCAUACCCUGACUGCCAACAGUAAGACUUCCGUCUCGGUACUGAGAUUCUUACGAACGAGCGCCAAUCAGGAUUUUGUACAGAGGCAUCUUUCGAAGUUGCCAUUCGAGGGACAGACCAGGUCAACGGAGCUCGGUUGCAUGUCGUGGCUGUUGAAGAUAGCCGCGAUCGAACUACGAGUCGGUGGUGGAAGCUUGCAGAACUCUUUGGUUCAACAUCUCGUUGGAACCUUCGGUCAAGAGAAAGGACAGAUCGUCCCUUCCCAGAAAUUACUGAUGGACCUUCUGCACUACAUCGAUUUUCAACUCCAAUUGGAGCCAGCAUUGUCUUUAGACUUCUUCGAUCCGUCGCAGGUCGAAAUGGUUCUUGGACGAUGCAGCAUUCCGGUUGCGUUGAUCGGUGGUCCUCGUCUGAUAGACAUCAGGAAAUUGCAUUCUCUUAUCACAGAAGAAUUGGCCGUCACACAGAGCAGUGCCACUGCUACCCAGCGUAAUCUUAUGCAACAAGAAGUACAGAAGAUCUUGACGUACGCCUUGAAGAGGAACCAGACGAAGCUGCUAUCUUACGCGACGGUCAAAUUCGUCGAAGGCUGGUGCCAAACCACUGAGAUACUAUUCUGUGUCGCGACGAAUCAACAGCUACCCACGUCACAGAAACAGAAUCUCCUGUUAAACUUGUCCCACGAUUUGUUACAAAAGAUGACGUCGUGCGAAGCUCUAAGCGAAAUUAAAACUUUAGUAUCCGGAACUGUUUUAAUGCUGCUGGUGCAUCUACGAAACAGUUUCGUCACGCAGACGGACAACGAAUCGUUCCCGUCGUCUCCAUCCAACACGACGAUGAUGAAGAUCAUUCUGAGCCACAUUCUGCAGUGGAUUUUAAACGCUGGCGCUUCCUCGCAGAAAGUGAUAACUCAUUUGUACGCAGCUUUGCUGAAUUUCCUCUGCGUGAUCGGUUUGGAAAAAUCAGAGACGACGAACAUCAUCGAACUGAUGUACGUCAGUCAAUUGGACAGUUCGAUGAACAGGGUGAUGCUCGCGCAGGAACGGUCGCAUCGAUAUGCCACGAUACAAGUAAUAAACAGCUUUGGUAAUCAUUUGAUGGACAUCUUGUGCCACAAUUGUUCCGGUGGUCACGACGUUUGCAAAAUGUUAGCGUUAUCUUGUUUGGACAAGAUCUUAGAACUGGACUACGACAACUCAUGGAUCAUCUAUUUAACUGGCAGAGGAUAUUUGAAACAUAUGAUAGACAGCCUUUUGGAAUCGGAUAAUAUGUUAUUGAGCAUGCUGCAACCGGAGCCACAAACGUUGCGACCGUUGUACUUGUACGAGGCGAAAAUGGCAACGUUCUGUAGAAUGGCUUCCACGAGAUUGGGUGCCGAAAGCCUGUUAGAAAACAAGAUUCUGUCAUGCAUCUCUAGUAUGGUCGUCUUCGAUCAUCACCCAGACGUGCACGUGGGUUUCGAGGGAGGCGAUUAUUCGUUCAUACCCUCGAUCGGGCAACGUUACCAACAAAUAUUCUUGCCAGCUCUGUACCUCUGCGACGCCCUGCUCACUACCCUCGGGACAGAGAAUCAAUCGUGUGCGGUACAAGUCUGCGGAUUUCUCCAGAGCCAUCGCGACACCAUCGAGAUGGUGCUAAGGAACGCGUUCCCGAAAGCGAACAAACUUUUCUUAAAGGAAAUCGCCUGCCUCACCGGCGUGAUAUCUCGAUCGGCGAACGUCGAUAUGUACAAACUGGUGGACGAGGAACUGGCCAAAAGCGAUUACGACGAACAAAAAUUGGAAAAUAUCAGCGGUAUGAGGGAACUUCGCACUCAUCUGUCAUCUCUCCAGAGACUAAUGCUGUCUCUACUGUGUAAAUUCCAACUGGAGCCAGCUCCGAUUCAGCUGAAUCACGAGCAAACGGAAGCGAACCAACAGCACAUCUCUUGCGUUCAAAUAGUCGCGAACAUUAUGAUGUAUACGCGUAAUCAGAUGCAGCAUAGCAGGAUGGAUCAAAAGAUCAGCACUCACUUAACGUUGAAACCAGGGAACAGGGAAGACAAAACAAAAGACACGUUUGGCGACGUGCACCUAGGGGCGAUCGUCGAUCAACUCGUUUCGGUUACAAAUUUGUUACAUACAGAAUUGCCACACAUAGAUAAUCUGAUUAAGAAGUCGGUGAUAGUAGAAGAGAUGAACACGGCUGAGUUGAAGAAAUAUAUGUCGAACGAGGAGGCGGAAAUGGACGUGCAGAAGCAGCGGAUAAUAGUGGAACAGCGAUUGAAUCGCUGGGUGAAGGAGAAACGCAAAACAAUCAAAUAUUGUUCGUUGAUAAUAGAACACGCUUUGUACAUUCUUUGGAGCCACUUGGACUUCUACAUGACGCAGGUGGUCUCGGGACACGGUCGAAUGCAAGUUUCUUCGGCGGGGAUAGAUGAAAGUAUGGUAGCGUGGAAGGUAUCGUCGGAAACGUUGAUGGAAUUGAAACAAGGUCUCGUCUCCACGUUUACAGACAAUUUUAUUAAACAGUUAUUGGACACGCACAGUGAAUACGCAACGGUGGACCAGGGUUUCAUCGAAGCCCUCGUCAGAAGAAUUAAAAGGCUACUACAGUUUAUCAUGUGAUGUUAACAUUUAUAACUCGUUGCCGAUUCAUCUGUAACUCGUUUUAUAGAUAUAACGUCUGUGACGUGAAUCGUACUGUACAUGAAACAUAUUUUUUUACACGUUCCUGUAUUUACUGUAACUACCGCGACAAUUAUAAACAGUAUUUAUACCGAAGAAAUUCGACUGAUCAAAAAUUGUAUACAACUGGCCAAUGUAACGUUCAGUAAUUAUUUCUAUGUAUGUAAAAAAAUUGUACUUCGUACUAUCAUCGAUGAGAUAUAAAUUCUUAGGAAAUUGUUAAUGUA